CAUUAAAAUCGAAUGGAAUAAAAAAUAACAGUCUGAAAGUGUCAAGACAAUCAAAUAUUAAUGGAGUUUGGAGUAAGCUGAUUGAUAAAUACAAAAAUAUAUCAAGUGAUAAUAACUUGUUCCAGCAUAAAAAUGACAACUUGAAAAAUCAUUUAUGCCAAAGCGAACUGCCUUUUCAAUCAAAAGAAAUAUCUGAAGCACGAGUUCUAGCAUGGGAUAAUUUUUUUAAUAAAUAUAAAAAUUCUUCUGAUCAAGACGAAAUCGAUCUUGGUAUGUCAAAAUCGGAAAAAGAUAACAAGGAUGAUGACCAUCAAAAUGAAAAUAAUCAAGAUGACAAUAAAUAUUAUAAUAAAGUUCGGGCUUCAAUGAAAAAAGAUCCGGCAUCAGUUCAAUAUUGGAUUGAUACUGGUGAACCUCCACAUAAAUUGGAUGUCAUUGAACAACCAGAUAGUGCAUCUUCAAUAAGUGAAGAUGAUGAUGAUGAUGAUGAUUGUGGUGAUAAUUUGAAAUUUGAUAAAUCAUCAUUAAAACAUGAUAAUAAUAACAAAACUCGUGGUACAAGUCCAGUUGAUAGUUCAGUUGAUACAGCUGCUUAUAUACUUUCAAAUAAAAAUAUCACUAAAAAAGCAGAAGCAAUUGCUAUUAUUGAAGAUUCCAAAACACCAAAAAAACUAAAAUCUAAUAGUGAAAAUAAUAAUACAAAUAAUGAAGUAAAAUUGUCUAUUGAAUCAUCAAUACUUUGUAAUGGUAAUGAAGAAAUUGUUGAUGAUCAAAAUGACAUUAAUAAAAGUCUUGAUAAAUCUACAAAUAAAACAAAGGAAAUUAAUUAUGUUCCUUUGAAAAUAUCAGAUGCUGUCAUGCAUUUAGAUAAAAUAUUAAAUGCAACAAAAAAAUCUACUAGUCAAGAUGAUGACAGUACUGAAGAUUUACAGUUUAAAAAUAAUAAUGAAACUUCAAAUAAAGCUAUGAAAUCAUAUCAACGUCGUAAAUUGUAUACUGGACGAAGUUCGCCAGUUGAUAUUUGUUCAUCAAGUGCUGAAAGACGACCCAGAUCAUUAGCUAUAACUGCUAAUGAAACACUUGUCAAUCAAACACCAUCAACUGGUAUUAAAAAAAGAAAACGUUUUAGAAAAACAAUAAAAAUAACUAAACAAAGACGAAGCUCUAGAUUAGCAAGUAUCAAUGAAAAUUGUUCAACAGAGAAAAAUGAUUUUAUUAAAAGAUUAGAAUCUAGCUAUGUAGAUGAUAAAAAAAAAUUACUAUUAAAUUAUCAAAAAGAAGCGAAAUUAAAAAAUAAAAAAUUACAAAUUCAUAAUUCUCAGGUUAAAAUAUUUACUGCAAAAUCAAAUAGUCAAUCAAAGGAUGAUGACAAAUUAAAAAAUUUAAAAGAUCUUUGCUCAAAAAAACAGCUUGUUGUUUGUUUAAAUAAAAUUCCUGAUAAUAUAUUUAAUUCUUUAAUAACUAAAACAACAAUUGAAUCUGAUGAACGAUUAAUUAAUUCACAACAUAAUAAAAAACCAAAGCUUCCAAUAAAGCCGUUAUUACCCAAUCAUUCAAAAAUUGUUGAUAAAAAAAUCAUUCAUAAAACAUCAAAUAAAUCUAAAAAAUAUGAAGAUUCAAAAAACAAACAUAUGAAACGAAAACGUCGAAAUUUUAAAGCUAAAAAUGUUGAAAUAAAAAAAUAUAAUUCUGAUGAUGUUUUGGUAGAUAUAAAAAAUUUAUUUAAUGAUGUAUCAAAAAAUAAUGAUUUAACAUUAAAUAAUAUGAGAAAAAAUUUAAAUAAUCCAAAAUGUUUAUAUUCAUUUUGUAUUGAUGGAUCUUCUGAUGAUGAAUCAGAAAUAAUUCCACCUGUAACACGAAGAACAAUUUUUAAUAAAGAAACAAUUACAUUUUCAUCUGAUGAAGAAGAUGAUUUUGAUAAAUUGCUUCAAGAAAAUAAAAAAAAGAAAAGAAGAAUUUCGUAAUGGCUUAUUACUGAUAUAAGUUAUUAGACUUGUGGUUUUCUAAUAAAACAUCAAAAAUAUAUUUAAAAUAAUUAGAUUAAACUGU